AUGAGCUACGAUCAACGCCGAGAAUUUGGCCGGGGAAGAGGUGGCCGUGGUCGGGGCGUCUCAUCCCAACAUGCAGGCAGCCCGUCUAGAGAAUGUACCGGGGGUGCCAGAGAGAGACCACCACCCCACCUGAGAGGCCGGGAGAUCGGCUUGUGGUAUGCCCGGAGACAGGGGCCUAGGAGCAAGGAGAAGGAGAGGAUGGAGAGAGCUGUUGUGCGCAUGGAUGAAUCCAGAGAACUACAGAUCACGCGCUUCUAAGUACUGUGCAUGCGCAAAAUAUUGACGUGAAGCCAACUUUCUCUGAUGACUCCUGGUGGGCCACUGAAAAUGAAAGAAACAGUACUCCAUCUCAACUUAGAGAGACUAAAUUUGCAGAAAAAGAUGCCUGGGAUGAUGACGAUGACUCUGACUCUGAAACUGCGUGUGUUAGUGAGUGCUAUAAGGGAAAUACAGGCUUGGACCAACAACUUAAAGAAGAGCUGCAGAGGAAAAAAACUGAUCUUACAUACCGUGAAAUGCAGCGGUUCCGUGAAAAGUUACCUUCGUACACUAUGAAAGAGGAGAUAGUCAAAAUAAUAAACAGCAAUCAAGUGACAGUCAUUAGCGGUGAGACUGGUUGUGGAAAAACUACCCAAGUGACGCAGUUUAUUCUGGAUGACCUUAUCAUGAGAGGCUAUGGGUCUACAUGCCAUGUCAUCUGUACGCAACCAAGGAGAAUAAGUGCCAUUUCGGUAGCAGAACGUGUUGCUGCAGAACGAGCUGAACCAUGUGGGAGGGGGAAUAGCACUGGCUACCAAAUUCGUCUUGAAAGCCAGUUGCCUCGGAAGCAGGGCUCAAUCUUGUACUGCUGCACAACUGGCAUAGUUCUGCAGUGGCUUCAGUCUGACCAAUGCUUGGGCAAUGUCAGUCACAUUGUCUUAGAUGAAAUUCAUGAGAGAAACCUGCAGUCUGAUGUCCUCAUGGCAAUAGUGAAAGAUCUUCUGAACUGCCGCCCAAAUUUGAAGGUGAUACUGAUGAGUGCCACUCUGAAUGCAGAGAAGUUUUCUCAAUACUAUGGUAACUGUCCAAUGCUGCAUAUUCCUGGAUUCACUUUCCCAGUCAAAGAGUAUCUCUUGGAGGAUGUAAUUGAAAUGCUAAGGUACUCCCCUAAAGAAAAAGACUGUAGGCCUCAGAUGAAGUGGAAGUUUAUGCAAGGACGCACGGUUCGACCAGAGAAAGCAGACAAGGAGAAGCUGUAUCAGGAGCGCUGGCCAGGAUAUGUGAGGGAUCUUCAAGUAAACUACUCUGAAAGUACUAUCCAUGCAUUGGAAUGUGUGGAUGAUGAGAAGGUUGACCUUGAUAUGAUUGCUGAGCUUAUCAGGCACAUAGUCCUGAGAGAGGAGGAUGGUGCAAUAUUAGUGUUCCUUCCAGGCUGGGACAAUAUCAGCACACUUCAUGAUUUGCUGAUGUCACAACAAAUGUUUAAAUCAGACAGGUUUAUUAUUAUCCCUCUGCAUUCAUUGAUGCCAACUGUGAACCAAACGCAGGUUUUCAAAACACCGCCUCCUGGGGUACGAAAGAUUGUUAUUGCCACCAACAUUGCAGAGACAAGUAUUACAAUAGAUGAUGUCGUUCAUGUGAUAGAUUGUGGCAAAAUAAAAGAAACAAAUUUCGACACUCAGAAUAACAUCAGCACUUUGACAGCAGAAUGGGUUAGCCAUGCUAAUGCAAAGCAAAGAAAAGGACGUGCUGGCAGAGUAAAGCCAGGUUUUUGCUAUCAUCUAUACAACAGACUGAGGGAUAGUUUGCUUGAUGAUUACCAGCUGCCAGAAAUUGCCAGAACACCUCUAGAGGAACUUUGCCUCCAGAUAAAGAUUUUAAAGCUUGGAGGAAUUGGCUUCUUCCUUGGAAAAUUGAUGGAUCCACCAUUACAGCAGGCAGUGUGCCUGGCUAUAAACCAUCUUAUGGAACUUAAUGCUCUCGAUAAACGUGAGGAACUGACACCACUGGGAUUUCACUUGGCACGGUUACCAGUUGAACCACACAUUGGAAAGAUGAUUCUCUUUGGGGCAUUGUUUGGAUGUUUGGAUCCUGUCUUAACAAUUGCAGCAAGCCUCAGCUUUAAAGACCCAUUUGUUAUUCCAUUGGGCAAGGAAAAAUUAGCAGAUGCAAGAAGGAAGGAAUUGUCCAAAAAUACAAAGAGUGACCACUUGACUGUUUUGAAUGCUAUGUUGGGCUGGGAGGAAUCAAAGCAUUAUGGCCCAAAAGCAGAGAGAGACUACUGCUGGGAUAACUUCCUGUCUUCUAAUACACUCAAGAUGCUAAAUAACAUGAAAGGACAGUUUGCUGAACACCUGCUUGGCGCAGGCUUUGUCAUCAGCAAGAAUCCAAAGCAUUCUAAAGCUAAUAUCAAUUCAGAUAAUGAAAAGCUCAUCAAGGCAGUUAUAUCUGUGCUGGAUUGUAUCCAAAAGUGGCUAAGAUUCGCCCCAACUUCAGUAAAAAGAGAAAAAUGGUCAAAGUUUACACAAAACCAGAUGGUAAGGUCUGCAUUCAUCCCAAAUCAGUCAAUGUGGAAGAGACAGAGUUUCACUACUCCUGGCUGGUCUACCACCUGAAGAUGAAAACCAGUAGUAUUUACCUAUAUGACUGCACAGAGGUCACUCCAUAUUCACUACUUUUCUUUGGAGGAGAUAUUUCCAUCCAGAAGGACCAAGGACAGGACACUAUUGCUGUGGAUGAAUGGAUUGUUUUUCAAUCACCUGCUCGGAUUGCACACCUUGUCAAGGAUUUGAAGACAGAGCUUGAUUCCCUUUUGCAAGAUAAAAUUGAAAGUCCUCAGCCUGUAGAUUGGAGUGAAAAAGAGUCAAGAGACUGUGCUGUUCUCUCAGCUAUUAUUGAUCUAAUAACUACCCAAGAGAACGGAGAGGCCAAGAAUUUUGCCCCUCGAAUUCAGCAGAAGAAAACUUGGUCUUGUGCUGCUAAUUUUCAGAUGUAUUCAACAAGCAGCUGA